UAUAUACCCCAGGGGGCGGCCGCCAUACCCCGACGUGACGGGAUAUCUCCCCAGAGCUGCUCAUCAUCGUGGCUUGUUCUGAACCACUAUCAUGACCGUCCAUCGUCCGGUAUCGACCAUGACUGCGUCGGGCUCGCGGCCCCAGCCCGCUAAGCGCGCCGUGGAGGGGGAGGAGCUGGAGAGCGAUCCGCACGACUUCUGCAACUCGUUCUGGGGGCCGGGGGCGUCUGCGGCGACCGUGGUGUUCUCGCGUAUGCGCAGCGGGAUGCGAACGACAGAGCAGUUGCGCGAAUUUUGGGAGGAAAGAGCUCAAAUAGAAGAGGAAUACGCUGCACGCCUGGCACGUCUAGCACAAAAGACUAUCGGGGAGGAUGAGAUAGGAGAACUCCGCAAUUCCCUUGACACCAUGAUGCACGAGACGGAGGAGCAGGCGGCGGCGCACGAGCUGCUCUGCUCGCAGAUCCGCACCGUGCUGGAAGCGCACACGACGCAGUUCCUCGCGAAGCAGAAGGAGCACAAAAAGCACAAGCAGACGCUCAUGGAGCGCAACCUGAAGGCGAAGCAGGCCGCGGAGUCGCGCGUGGUGAAGGCGCGCGAGCGCUACGAGGGCGACCGCCUCAAGAUCGCGUCGUACACGCAGCAGAUGGCCAUCACGCGCGGGCAGGAGCUCGAGCGGCUGCAGGGGAAGCUGGAGGUUGUGCAGCAGACGAUCAAGACGAACGAGCGCGAGUUCGAGCAGUAUACGCGUGCGCUGGGCGACUUGGUGCCGAUGUGGGAGACGGAUUGGAAGGAGUUCUGUGAUUUGUGCCAGGAUUUGGAGGAGGAGCGGAUGGACUUCAUGAAGGACGUGAUGUGGAACUAUGCGAAUGCGGUGUCCGCUCUCUGCGUCUCUGAUGAUCAGUCCUGCGAGCGCGUUCGCGUAGCGUUGGAUCAGUUUGACCCAGAGAAAGAUGUCGAGGACUUCGCGCGCCAAUUCGGCACUGGAAAUGCCCUCCCCAGCGCGCCUACCUUCGUCCCCAGCACAGGCCAAGGCGCCUCUUCCUCCAGCAUCAUCGCCAACCCCGUGCGGCGGACCGCGACCUUCAACCGCCGCUCCCGACGCUCGACCAUCCUCGCCAGCACUCCUUCCGCGCUACAGCGCUCCUUCUCCCGCGCCAUGCCCCACAAUCGCAGCGAUAGCGUGAACGCCGACGAUGGAUCGUCCUCGAGCGGCUCGAUGCAGUCGCGCGAAAGGCCGAGGAUCGUCACGGAUGCGGCCUUGCUGAAUGGGAACGGCAAGCGCGAGUCGCAGCCGCUCCCCAUACCGGGACCCGAGAGCGCGUAUCCUGCACCGCAGGUACCUGACUUGCCGAUGACGAGGCCGCCAGAGCACCUUGGCGGCCGGAUACUCUUUUACGUGAAGGCAUUGUAUGAUUACACAGCAACAACCGACGAAGAGUUUGACUUCCAAGCUGGCGAUGUGAUCGCUGUGACUGAGACACCCGACGAUGGAUGGUGGUCGGGUGAGCUUCUGGAUGAGGCACGAAGAGAGGAAGGAAGGAAUAUUUUCCCAAGCAAUUUCGUCUGCUUGUUCUGAGUGUUGUGUAUAUACCAUCGUGGCCCCCGUGAUACCUAUUCUACUUAUUCCACGUACCCUAUCACUCGUUCCUUGCCCUUAAUCGUCCUGCU